AUGGUUCCUUUUCGACGCUUAUCGCAGAGGGGCCGUCGCAGCUUCGACAACCGCGACUCCUACGAAUGGCAAGACGAGCGAGACAAACGCAUCAUGACGGCCACCUUCCCCAUACACCCCCUCUCCUCCAUGCAGGCGCCCUUUGAGGAGUCGAUGCUCGACGCCACUGGCGAAACGGGGCACGUUCCCUUCGCCAUUCCCAAGAAGAGCGUUAAGACGCGACAGCAAAUGCUGUGCAGAGAGGAGAAUGCCUCUGAGCCCUCGUGGAACUUCACAUACAACUGCCACUGGAGGAGCAACGCAAAGGGCAAAUUUCAUCCCCUAACAAAGACGGUCGCGCAGAUCAUCUUUGGUGUCCACCUGCUGCAUCAGCAUCUGGAAAAGUCCGUCGCCGAUGUCGCCGACAUAUUGCUCAAGCAUGUCAAUGAGCUCGACAGUUUCCUGCAGCGGGCGAAUGAAGACCUCGAAAGCAGCAUGAAGGACAUGCUGUUCCGGCAUAAAUGUCUAAAGGUGCCCAUGGAACACGUAAACGAAUUCGAUCGCCUCCUCGAAGACCGCUCAUACCGCGCCCAACUCCUCGACGGCAACAUCGUAAUCGAACGCACCAUUGGGCGCAUGUCGCAACUGCUCAACGACUACCUGAUCGACAUCAACGUAUUUCGCGAAGCCAACCAGGAGCUCGAUCUAUACCUAGGCGAUGUGGGAGACGAAUGGACAUACCGCAAUGAGGAUAUCGGGCGCAUAUAUUCAGCCAUGUGUGGCAACACCGGAGGCUGGUCGCAAUUCUUGCAAAGCCUCGUAGCAAAGGCUGAAAGGCUGGGCGUUGUGCUCGUACAGGUCAGCAGUUAUUGCAAUGAGAUCGAGAAGCGGUGUGGCGCUGCAAGUCGCAGAAAUUGCGACACGUACAUCUUCACGAAAUUCGUCCAAUUCGCGCGAGGCACGCCCAUUUCGAAACUUUGCCAACAACAAACCUCUUCCAACCCCCCCACCCGAACGUCCGCCAUUCAUGAGCGCAUCAUCAUCCGGCCGCAGCAGCAACAGUACCAACAACAGCAGCAGCAGCCCGAGAUCACAAACGCAUCCGAUUCCACCACAGAGACGCCCAAACGGAGCGAAGACUCGUCUUCUGCGUCUGCCGUUUCCAACACAGACGUCGAUGUACGACGUCAGGCAAAUCAGUCCGGGUACUACCGUGAUGCCUGGCGCAACGACGAGCAACGUGACGGAGCGACACCGCAUGCAGAGUCUAGUGGUGCAACACAUGUUCCGGGGCACCAGCAUAAAGUGUCUUCGCCAUCUAACCUAUCUGCAGAGGAAAGCGCAUCAGCAACGAAACGCAUGUCGGCGAAACCACAAAACGGAGAAUACAGUCCGCCUUUGACCGGCAAAGAUUCGGCAUAUUGUUCUGUGUCAGGCGCCUCAGCCGUGUCACCGGGCUACGCAUCGCCACGCUCCGUGUCCUCCAUGUCGUCGCGACAAACUGCCCAAUUUGGUCUUUUCCCUAGUCGAAACUUGAGUACGCCGAAAGGUUCCAUGUCGAGUCGAUUAGGUGCCAGCUCUCCUACGUUCAAUCGUCCUGAGCAAACCCCAAAGGCUGCAGACAUGCCAAGCCGACCACCAACCUCUCUGUCCACGUUCUCAGAUGCUUCGAACAAGCGACUUUCCAAGCGAAGUAGCUUCUCAUCUCUCAAACGGCUAUUCACCAAGAAGAAAUCUGGCGAUAUAGGUCCUAUCGCCGAGUGA